AUGGCUUCUCGAUUCCCGCCGCGGGACCGCUCACCACCGCCAUCUAGAUACGGCGACAGGGGCCCGCCGCCGUCUCAUGGACCAUCAUCACAUAUGCCAUCGGGCCCCAGGGGGAAUGACGAUGUCAAUUCUACACCACUAGGUCGAGACCCUCCUCGUGGUCCUAAGGCCCUCAUAGAUUCGUCCAGGGGUGGCCAUUUCCUUCCAUCCGGCCCAAGGGGAAGAGGAUUCCCUGGCCGGAACGACUUCAGAGAUCGAGAUAGGGACAGGAUCGACCCCCGGGACCUAAGGGAUGGCCCGCCGCCCCGAAGAGGCGAUGGAGACCGUGACUGGCCUCGUAGAGAUCGUGGGUUUGAUUCACGAGACAGUCACGGCCGGAUGGGGUUCGGUCGAGGACGAUCGAGGUCGCCUCCUAUGAGAGACUUUAGAGACUCAAGGGACAGCGGACCCAGAGAAUUGGAUAUACCACGUCUACGCAGAAAUUCAAGAGAUGGACCAAUCUCACUUAACACGCCACUUUCAGACCUUCCUCCCCUGAGAGGAGGUUCGAUGCGAGGCCGUGGGCGUGGUGACCGAGAUAGAGGACGAGGGAGAGGUAUGCCGCUGGAAGACAGAGAUCUAUUCAGAGGGCGGAGUCGGUCUCGCGAUGGCUGGCGAGACGUCCGCAUGGACCGAGACAGGGACCGUAACCGUGACCCACGAGAUCGGGAUAGGGAUAGAGAUCGAAUGCUCGAUCGAGAACUCGACAGGAGAGAUCGCUUCGAUCGCCGUGAUCGCGAUGAUGAUAGGUGGUCGCAGCGCGACGACAGAGACCGGUUUGAGCGGGCGGAGCCUUGGAAAAAGGAUCGACCGCCACCUCGCAUCGAUACCAAGACUUCUGGUGCUCAUUCUGCCAACCCGUCAUCUGCUGUAUCACAGACCCCAACCCUGAUGUCUCUCGGUGCGUCCGCAGUUGGCACUGAAGACGAGGUCACUGCUGCUUCUGCUUCUGCUGCUGCUGGGCCCCGAAAAGCUGGUAGUACAUCUUCCACCCCCAGGGAGUCAAGGCGGCCCUCGGAAAAGACAGAACAUGUCACCCCUAUCCGUACACCGACACAUGUUCAGUCAACGCCGGCUCAGCCCGAACAGCCAUCUGAACGGCCUACACCACAGUUCUCUCCUUCUCCUGCUGCCCCAGAAGUGCCUGCCUUUGGUUCUCUCUCUUCUGCUGGCUCGGCUGCUACUCUUACGGAAACUGUUACCCCUGAACCGUCAAGAAAAUUAUUACAGUCGGAUACCCCCAGAGAGCGUCCUGAUCUAUUCCCUUCUACUCCUAUCAAGCCUCCAACUGCCCCUAGAGCCGAUAGAGUGGAUGCACAGCAACGUCCCGACCGGAGUAAAACUGAAGUGCCUCUUCGAUCCAGCCGUCCACCGUCAGCCUCCCCGGUCGCUCAACCCAGCUACAUGAUUGACCAUAGCCACCCCGACCCCGCACUGGACCGAGGCAUUGCUCAUGAGCCAGCACCUCAAUCAAACAAGGCCAAGGAUGCUCAUGCUUCCUCCAAUGAACAGGAGCCCGACCUCUUUCCCUCGUUACUUGGCCCGUUGGGCUCCAGUAACGCUGCUCUCCCAUCAUCCACCCGCGCUUCAUCUCUACCCACACAAUCUCAACCACACCCACAAAAGUCACCACCGCCUCAUUCAAUCUCGCUUUCUCCAAACUCUCAGCAUGCAUCUAUACCUACUGGGCCGAGAGCGCAACAACAGCGCUCCACUGGUCAACGGCCCGGAGCCAAAAGUAGUAAUCAAUGGGUCAGGCCAGGGUAUGUGAAUAGAAGAAUGUCAGCCACUAACUUACCGUCAAGUAAGAGAGACCUUUGGGAUGAGGGGAACAAAAGACAGGUGCUUGAAAGUCCGUUCGUACCCGAGGGUUCUCUUAGCAGUAGCGGUCAUGGGGAGGAGGAGGCUCAACCAUCUAUUACCCCUGUUAAUGGAGAGGAGAGUGAAAAAAGGGAGACGGAGAAGGAGAACGCAAGCUCUGAGCCUACACGAGAGCACCCUGAGGAGAAUAAAACUCGCUCAUCAGAGGAGGAAAUACAGGGACAAUCUCGUGAUGUCGAUAAUGAUAUAAAGAUGCUUGAUGCACCGGAGGCUGGGGAAAUCAAAGAGACAGAAGAGACUCAGGAAGAACCAGAGCAACAUAUUAUGCUAUUCGACGAACCGAGUGACCAGCAAUCUGACGAUGAUGAUGCCCUGGAUGAAGAAGACUUCAAUCAAUCCGAGCAACGUUUCGAGAAGGAAAUGCUGGCCCUAAAAUCAGAAAUUCCGCUGCCUCCACUGCAGGACCCAGUUGUAGUCGAUCUACUCAUGAAGAUUCAGAUGCUUGGGAUGAUAGCUGAUGGCGCUGCACCAGCAAAUCUUGAUCAGCCAGGAGCUGCAAUGGAAGUCGAAAGUCCUGAUAAGCCGGUUGCUAUCAUCCCAUUAUCUGGUAAAGAAGCGGAAGAGGUCGAGCUUGCGGAAGAAGUAAGACCUAUUGAGAAUGCUGCCGGAACGCCUGUGACAAUACCUAUCAUCGAAGCCAAGGCGAUAGAAUCAUUGCCAUUCCUACCUUCUGGCCCACCUACCCCCUUCUCGGACAUGGAAACAUUACAGGAAAAUUAUAAACUCCAUGAGCGUAUAAAGGAUUCGCUGUUGGAAGAUAUCAUCAAACAACGAAGUGAAGUUGCUAAACAGCAUGCCGUCUUGCGUGAGCAGUACGCGCGGUACUACAAAGCCUGGAGACUGAAAGUACGUGACAUGGAUAAAAAGAAAGAGGAGGCGAGGAAAGCUGAGUCGGAAUUAUCAUCAACCCCUCCGCCCUCCGCGGCCGCUGCAGCAGCUCUCCCUGUGAUCGAAGGAAGGCGGGGAUAUAAACUGAACAGUGAGCUUGACUUCCAACUUGCUCUAAAGGCAUCUGCAAUCACAGCACAAGAGGAAUCAGAGCGUCGUCGAGAUCAAGAGGCCACCGUUCACCCUGACAUGACUCGUGAAGCCCGUAUCCCGGACAUGUUAGACGAGUACCAGAAGAAAGCAAGUCUCUACCAAGACACUAACCAAAUGGUCGAUCCUGCUGAUGCCUUCACUGUUUUUGCCUUCCAUCCCCCGCCUAACGACUUUACACCUGAAGAACACAAAGCUUUUACUGAAGCCUUCAUGGCUCACCCGAAGAAAUGGGGCAAAAUUGCUGAACUACUUCCAGGCCGUACUUUCCAGCAGUGUGUGAUGCAUUACUACUCUACCAAAGAAGAGAUCAAGUACAAGGCCAAGCUUAAUAAGAAGUGGACGCGUAAGGGACGUGCAAGAAAAACUGCAAGAGCCCCAAGAUCAAAUGCUCUCAUGGCAGAUUUGGGAAUUCGACCUGCUUAUGAUGCAGAUGAUGCUGAGGCACCUGUUGUUACUGAUACAGGAAGGCCCAGACGUGCGGCCGCACCUACAUUUGGCGAGUCAAAUGCAGACACUGAAAGUAACACCCCCACACCGGCGUCUGGGAAGCGCGGAGGCGCAAAGGACUCCAGCGAUCAGCCUGCUGAGAGAGCCCCCGGAAGACGAGCUGGUCGUGGUGGCGGUGGCGGCCGUGGUGGUCGAAGAGGGAGGGGAGGUGGUCAGCAGGCUGUUUCGAGAGCGGAACCUGCACCACCCACGACUGCAGCUGCUGCAGCAUGUGCCACUACCUUGCCCGCAGUCGCUCCCCUGGCAAAGCCUGAGGCGGAUGCCGUGGAAUCGUUGGUUGAUGCGAUGUUGAAGGCUAAGGAGGAGAUUCGAAGCCGGUGGAAGAGCCCGUGGUGCGCUCCAAACCGACCGGGCCUAGAGGCCCCUGAGCCAGGUUCAAAGGGAGGCCCAGGCGAUGGCGGGUAUGGCUCACUGCAGCCUACCAGCUAUUGGUCUGUACCUGAAGUCAAGGAUUUCCCAGACCUGGUGGCGCAUUUCGGCAAGGAUUUCGACGCCAUUUCUCAAUUCAUGAAAACAAAGACACCAACGAUGGUGAAAAACUACUUUCAGCGCCGUGUUGACGGUGGGAAGACAGAACUAGAAGAAGUUGCAUUGAUAGCUGAAGCCAAGAAACUGCGAGGCGAGCCCACUGGACCCCUACCGACCCCGAGUGUUAGUUCAAAGCGACGAUAUGAGGCUACCCCAUCAUCAAUUGCGCCACGAGCUUUGGCGCCCAAUAUGGAACAUGCUGAGAUGAUGGACAGAACGCUAGCGCCUAAGGCCAAGCCAUCCGUUAUCAAUUUGGCACCUGUACCGGCUGUGAUACAACCACGUCAAGGUAUGGAGAAAGACCGGUCACAACCAAAACUAUACCCCCUUGUUCAGGCUCCUGCAAGUCAGCCCAACCUCGCUGCCACUAGUGACGAGCUCCACCAACGCUCUGUCAGCACCUCACAAUUGCCUCAGUCCCAUCGAAAUCAACAAGGGCCAAGAAUGGGUUAUUUCACUGAUGAGCGUAGGGAGAGUCGUCCUCCCGUUCACAUCGCUGCUCACAUGUCAGAGCAGGACGUGAAGCCAAUACCGUCUUCAUUGACGAGCCAAGUAACUCCGGGGAUGCCAUUGCAGACUCUUCCGCGACAGAACCCAAACGUUGUGCCCCAAAUUCAAGACCUUGGAGACAUUCCACGCUACGGCCCCCUGUCGCAGCCACCUACAUUCCCUCAAGGGCCUUACCUGCAGCCGCCGAGUGGUGCACGCAACACCUCAACGACGCCGCAGUCACACUCUCGUCGCUCAAGCCGUACAAUUCCUUCUGCCGUCACUUCUCCUGUUCAAAGGCAUAUCAAACUCGACACUGAUCCAAGUGGAAUACCAGCCAUGGAAAGGCCGGCGCCAAUAGGCCCUCCAGCGUAUUUAACUCCUGGUCAUCCUGUAUCUGUAGGCCGACAAGGCCCUACUCUUACCCCUCCUACGGACCAUGGUCGACCGAGAAUAGCUGCCGCACCAGUUGCACCAGCAGCGCCAGAGCCUCAACGUCAGGUUCCUGCGAAACGUUCCAAUAUCAUGAACAUUCUAAACGAUGAACCGGAAGAGCCUCAGCCAAGGAAAAAGUUUGCAAGCGAACAGUCAGCACCCUCAGUUGCUAUUGGACCCCCCUCUCCAUCACGGCCUGUUUACCAGGGACGUCAUUCCUCGUUAGGCCAGCCGGGUCAUUCCGAGGAUCAGCAUAAUUAUCAAAGGCAGCCACAGUAUUAUUCUGGUACAUCUCAGCCUCAACAUCACCAGCAACAGCAGCAAUCUCAAGUACAAUCUGGAUCUAGUGGACAAUAUGCAGAACCUCCGUCCACCUCGACGAGAGGUUCUACUACUCAGGAUUGGAUGGCGAGGUUUGAUCCUCGCGAGCAGCAACAAUCACAUUCGAGUUCUUCUACUCCAUCAAUUUCCAGGCUACCUAGCUAUAGUCAUGGAUUCUCUGGUUCUGGGCCUCAUACGCCUCAUUCUGUAUCAGGCCUUCAACAUAUGUCCGACCAGUCUCAAGGUGCCUCCCAGCCACGCCAGUCGUUUUCACAUCAGCCUUUGCAGCAGCCGCCAGUGCAGGGGUUGCAGGACCGGAGCCAGCAACCCCAGCCACACCUGGGUCCCGCAGGGCGAGAGUCCCCAGGUCCUCGCCAUAUCCAAGCCCACCCGCUCACGCGGUCGCCCGUUCAGCGACACAACGCCCCAUACUCUAGCAAAGUCUCGCAGCAACGUUCUACUUCGCCCUUACCGUCUGGUCCCGGUAAUAUGAACCCGCAUGUGAGCCAGAUGUCUGGUUACAAUCCUCCUGGAGUCAGCCACCAUAAAGCGUCUCAAAGCCAGCAUCAGCCAGGUCCUCCGCAUUUAUUGUCUCAAUCCCACCAGCAUGGGAUGCAUGGAAGUAAUGGGUCACAGUAUGGUCCACAUGUUCAGCAACUGUCGUCAUCCACCUCACGCCACGCACCUCCACAAUCCGUCAUGCAGCAGGAACAGCAGGCGCACCAACAUCAGCAUCUUCAGCACCAGCAUCAACGCUCGCAUCAGCCUCAGCCACACCCACAUCACCAACACCAUCAGCAUCAGUCCUCCCUCUCGCUAAGUCAACGUAGCAAUUCUCCUUUUGGCCACAGCCCACAUAUGACUCCUCAACAAGUCUCUCAUACCCAAGGGAUACCUCGUGCCGGGGGCCCCUUGUCAUCUUCCAAUGCGCCUAGUCACCCUGGCAUGAAUAUGGGAAGAUCAUAUACCCCUCCGUCAAACCUAGGCCAGCAUCACCCACAAAACGGCUCCAACAGCGCGCUAUCCUACUCAAACACACCGUCUCACCCUCUUCACCAAUCCGGCCAAGGAAAUACCCUUCAUCAACAACAUUUACGAUCGCGUCAUGGAUCUGGCGGGCCCCCGCCCUCCGGACCGGGUCACCAUAAUAUCUAUCCGCAAGAACCCAGACAAUAA